AUGGACUCCGGGAGUGCUCAAUCAGCUGCGGGCAUUGACCCCAAGAUUCUUGAUUCCUAUCAAUCCGAUACCGUUUUUACUAUACCGUGGGAGAAUACAGGCUACGACCAACAGCUGGAUUGGGAUACGAGUCAGGACUCGAACCAGGGGGAUUCCGACUUCGCAGAGCUCAGUAGAAACCCUUCGCUGCUGGGACACCCCGGCGACUACCACAGCGAUGACAGCAGCAGACAUACGAAUUCGCCUGACAAGUUUGGGAUAGCCGAUGGCUCGGCUGAGGGCACAGUCAGCAGCACCGUCAGCCCCAAGACCCUACCCUCCGCCGACGAUAACUUUCAGUUAGACGAGUCAUGGCCGCAGUUACAGCUGUACAAUAACUUCAUGGCCAGUUUCCCAAUGGACGCUUCGCUCAUGUACCCCUACGCCAAGGAGCACUCAGCCCCCGCCGAUGCCUUCAUCGUCGAAGACGGGCCUGGAUUAUCACAAGGACACGGGUUGCCCGAAAUCCCAUCCGACCAGUUUAUGCCGUUCCAGAGUAUCCCGCCUGCAUUCCCGUUCACAGCAGCUGAGCCAUGGGCUGAACCGAUUACGAAUGCUACUAGGGCUAUGCCGAGGAAUAUCCCUGUGGCAGUCCCCGCCAUGGGCCCGCUAUCAAUUGACAAGGAUCCAAGGCACUUUGGUAGCUUUCCAAGUUCCAUGCAGUCCCUCGAGACCCGUUGGCUUGACAGUCUUGAGUCCCAGCUGCCUAGUAAUAUGACGUCCCCGUCAUCAUUCUCCACUGUUCCGCAGCAGUCACUAUUCAUCAAGGACGAGACAGCUGCCCAGGAUUUGUUCAACUACAAAUCUGAAAGUUCGUCGGUGUCGGAUGAUGUUUCCGCUGCCUUUGAGUAUCCCUUCUCCGCUACAGACGACGUUCCGGCCUUCGCGGAGCGACAGCUUGAUGAAGAAUGCGUUUGGAAAGAAUCUCAGAAGGAGGAGUCGCCCUCCGAGAUCUCUACGCCUCAAACGGCCACCGCGUUUGUUGUCAGUGAAGACCCAUCGGAGCCACUAUUCUCGACUAUCUCUUCAGCCCCUUCACGGUCAAGAACUUCGCCUCUGACACAACGCCCGCCCGCGAAGCCACAGCCACUCGCAGUCCAGUCCGCCGCUACCAUAAAGAAGCGCAAGAAGCGGACCUCAAUCAUUACUCUCAACGAAGAUAACCCUAAGCCCUUGCAGAUCGUCCAAGAGGAUGGCCAAGGCGGGUCCAUUGCUUCGGCAGACUUCGUCUCUCCGCCUCGUGGCGCUCGUCGCAAGGGCCCCUUGUCGAUGGUUGGCAGGGCUAAUGCCGGGAUGCGAAGGAAGAACAAGGACACUUGUGUUCAAUGCCGACUGAACAAGCGGAAGUGCGAUGGAAGCUCUCCAUGCGAAGCUUGCCGCCCCACUCUGCAUGAGCAGCCGUGUGCCCGGGCUUGCUUCUCAAGCAUCGUUGAAUCUGGCCGAGUGCGGUUGAACAUUCCUUUCGAAUUUGACUUGAAUGACCUGCUUUCAUUUCUUGGGGAACGCCAAGGGAAGUUCAACAUUCGCGCGAGCCAAGCCUGGGGCUCUCUUUACGUUCUUGAUCUCGGAGAGACCUACAAGUUUCUCCGAAGCUUGAGCGAGUACAACGGCAACUCACGAUCCAACUUCCUCGAGUUCAUUGACCGGCGGAUCGUUGAGUCAAAGGACAAAUCAAAGAACUGGCUGACCUGCGUCAAGGAUUGUGAUCCGAUGAAGAACAUUUACACGCUGCUUUCUCAGUGGAACAACAUGCCUAGCCGUGCGAGCUAUAGCUUCAUUCCCCUUGACGCUAACGAGGAGGAGAAGCCCAUGGACGUCAGCGACCCGAAGCACCAGCGCGAAAUUCUUCUCGCGGCACAACUCUCGCGUAUUGUCUGCCGCAUGCUCGAAGUGGAAGGAUUCCGGAAGCUCGAGAGGGACUUUUACAACAUCAAGUGGAAGCAAAUCUCUCAAGACACACACAUGAACUUCCUCAAGGAGCUUGGCCACAUCCUCCUCACCCUCCGCUGGCGAGUCUCGUGGUGGAAGCGCCUUGGCGACGGCGGCCAGGAGCCCGACCCGACCAAGCAACACUACGUGGACCGAGUUGACCUGCUCUGCCGAAUCCUCUACGUUUACUACACCUGUGUUCUCGCGAAACUGCCAUCUUGGUGUGCAUCUGAAGUCCCCAAGGGCAUCUGGUCUACGUACGCCGACGCAGAAAAUCCAGUCUGGGACGACUUCCCUGUGGACCCUACGGACGAGGGCUUCAAGCGCUGGAUCGAGCGAGGCACAGAGCUUAUCGAGCAGUCCGGUGCGCCCAUUCGUGUCGCUAAAAUCUGA